GGUGAAUCCCAGGCCACCCGUUGGGGUAUAAAACAAGCCUGGGGGUGCAGAGGUUUUCACACUGUCCUGGGAUGGAAUGAGAACAAGAGAGAUAGAGAUACACAUAUACAGGCUGGUCAGACAGGUUUGUGACAACCAAAGAUGGGCAAUAGCAACAGCUUCCAAGUGAUUUCAAAGAUUUCAGAUUCAAAGACACCUUUGGAAUUGAAAGAGGACUGUCCUGUCAAUGGCAACAACAACAACAACAACAACAACAACAACAACAACAACAACAACAACAACAACAACAACAACAACAACAACAACACAGAGUUAACAGACGAGGCCUACACCAGGACUCCACAUGACAGAGAGAACCAGAAUCCUGAGCCACGGUCUAAAACUAGCACCUUAAAAAAGUCAGCUGUCACAAACAGCAUCCUUGAUAGUGAACUGCACACUACCACUGUCAGCAAAGAUGGGAGAGCAGCUCUCCAUCAGGAGACUGCGGUCAAGGGCAAGACCAUCCAGACUACCCAAGAGCAGAGAAGCACGGUCCCCUCCGUCGCCUUCUGCUCUCCAGGAGUCCUCUCCAGGAGAAAUGUGUUUGAGUUCUGGGGGGCUGUGGAGCAACAGGAGCAAAGCAGCAACAACGGGAGGCCCUCCACCAAGCGGCAGCUGUCUUCUGAGAGUGCACGGACCUUUAGAGUGGUGAAGAAAUCCACUGUGAAGAAGGAGGAAUCGGGCUCCGUGGUCCAGAAGGAGGUCUACUCGGAGGUGUCUGGGUUGAAAUCUCGGGAGGGAGAGAAAGGAACUGUCUUCACUAGAACCAUCCCUGUGAAGAGGAAGCUCCGGAGGGACCUGUUCUCUGAUCCCAAGGUCUUUGAGAGAGUGGACAACCAUGUUCUGAGAGUCAGUAAGCAGCUGAAGGCAGACAAGAUGUUCUCUUUGUCCAGAAUCGUCCAUUGUGUCACUGAGGAAGCCCAGAGUGAUUUGGAGAGGGUGCGCGCCAUAUGGAUCUGGCUGUGUCAUAAUAUCGAAUAUGACGUGACUGGGUAUCUGGGGCUGUCUGAGAAGAUGUGCUCCCCAGAGCAGGUGAUCCAGGCAGGGAAAGGCGUGUGCUGUGGGUACUCCAGAAUCUGUCUGGAGAUGUGCAGGGAGGUGGGUAUCAAGUGCAUGGAGGUCUCCGGCUAUGGGAAAGGCAUUGGAUAUCGGCUCGGGCAAAGCUACCAGAACAAGAAGUCCAACCACAUGUGGAACGUGGUGCAGCUGGGAGGGCAGUGGUGCCUAUUGGACUCCUGCUGGGGCGCCGGUACUGUGGACAUCGAGAGCAAGACCUUCACACAGAGGUAUGAUGAGUUUUACUUCCUGGCAGACCCUGAGGACUUCAUCGACUCACACUGCCCUGACGAUCCUCAGUGGCAGCUGAUGGACUCCACAGUCUCCAUGGAGCAGUUCGAGCAGAGGGUGUUUAAGACAUCGGAGUUCUAUAGGCUGGGUCUCUCCAUCAUAUCACCAAAAGAGUUUCCUCUGCACACAGUAAACGGAGAGGCCAUGGUGUCCAUUGGAUGUGCAAAGCCAGUGGACUUCACCUAUCAGAUCUCCCAGCUGAGCGCGGGUGCCGUGAAGGACUUGAGCAGCUCAUUCGGGCUCCUGACCGUGUCCCGUCAAGGCAUGAAGCUGAAGCUCCUCCCCCCGGCCAGUGGCGCUUACGAUGUCAUGAUAUUCGCUCGCUCUGCGUACUCUGAAGGCAGUUUGAGCUGGGUCUGCUCCUUCCAGGUGGAAUGUUUUGAACCCAAGCCUUCGGAGGAACUCCCAGAGAACCCCUUCCUCUCCUGGGGUCUUCAUCAAACAGCCAAAGAGCUGGGCCUCAGAGAGUGCAGCCAUGGGGCAGAGCCCAUUGUGGUUGACACCGGAUCCUUUGAGCUGACCCUGCGGACCACGAGACCGCUGAUGGUCCUGUGUGAGCUGGUCCACAAAGACCUGGACCCGAUCCUCUCCAAGAGAUGCAUUGCCUCCCAGAUGGAGCAGGACAAGCUGACCUGCCACAUCCUCUGCCCGUACCGUGGCUACUAUCGUCUUUCUGUCUUCGUGAGGGACUUUGAGGGUGAAGGCAGUUUACAAAACUCAGGAAACUUUCUCUUGAAGUGCACUGGCCCCACCAUAAACCUCAAUGAGCUCUUUCCACCUGCCCUCAGUGCGUCCUGCGGUCCUGGUAUCAAGACACAGAAGCUUGGGAUCUCCAAGCCUAGCCAUGCAGCCCCCAUCAUCACCACCCAACAGGGCAAAUGCAACAUCACUUUCCACAUCUCCCAAGACCUGGAGUUCACCGCUGUUCUGGCCAAGGAAAAUAUGAAAGACGCAACGCAUACACUGGACAGGCAUGUCCUUUUCACCUACACGGACAGUAAGGUGACGGUCAGCGUUUGUUUGCCAGAAGCCGGGAUCUACAAACUGGGUCUCCACGCGAAGGCAGCUUCCAGCGAGGAUUUCACCCAUGUUUGUGACUACAUCCUUAAAUGCACCUCUGAGGAAGGGUGGCAGCCUUUCCCCACCACGUACAGGGCCUGGAAGAAGGGCUGUGUGCUCUUUGAGCCCAGGUCUGGCAUGCUGGAGCCCCUGGGCAGGGUCCGGUUCCGGGUUCGAGUCCCUGGAGCUCAGAAGGUCUGUGUGGUCGGGGAGUCACGGACUGAGCUGCAGCUCAAUAAAAGCAGGGUGUGGGAAGGAGAAGUCUCCACUGGAGGAGCAGUACCUGAACUGAAAGUGGCAGCAAAGUUUGACGCAGAAUCGACAGGCAUGGACGUGAUUUUGUCUUUUGGCAUUCUAGGCCACCAAAAUGAAUUAUGAACUUUCUAAACUGAGUAUACUCAUACUGAGCCUGCUAUCUGUAGGAAAAUAAGUUAAAUAGAUUUGUCUAUUUAGAUACGUAGCACAAGUAUCAGCCUGAAUUCUACAGCCUAGCAGUUAUACGAAACCGAAUCUGAAUUGUUAUUGAACAGAAAACAACAACAGAAAGAAUCUGAUAAGCUGGUGGAAUUCUGAUAUUAUACAGCAUUGAUUUUGGAAGGAAGGAAUCAUAGGGUCUUUAAUUGAUCUAAAUUGUAGUGGCUCUAAAUAGUGGCGCUGUUUGCAUUAUUAAAACAGGGCUCUGGUAAUGCACAGGAGUCUUUUUAAUGUAUUUUUGUUUUGUUUUAAUGCUGUGCUGUCUUUAAGAUCAAUUCAACAGACAACCAUGUCUUUAGUGGGCUGCUGUGUUUUUUCACUCCCAAAUUAUGAACUUGAAAUUACAAAACCAGGACUGUGUUCAAAUGAGCAGUAGUAUAAUAUACUUUGACAAUAUAACUUUUAAAUAAAAACUGUAUUAAGUUGGUGGGAUGAGGUGAACUGGUUGGUACAUACUAUAAUAUGGCAUGUGCAUUUAUAACAUUUUCAGUCAUGUACUGUAUGUAUUCUCUGAACAUAUGUUAAACUGUUACGCAAAAUAAAAUGAAAAAAAAAAACAUUCAGUCACUAAUAAAGAUUUAUUAGAAAUAACAAUUAUUUUUACAUGUUCAUAAUGUCUUUUCUCUAAAGCCUGUCUGCAAGUAUGCAUGUAUAAAAGGAAGCUGUUGUUUGCUGGAGGAGUUUGGGUGAGUGUUUGUGCUGUGAUUUUUGUAUGGUUUAGCAAUGUGGUAGUGAAGGUGAAUGCCCAACCUACACAUAGUUAUUCUUUUGUUUCAGGCUUUUAUUUUGGC